AUGCACGACGAGAGCCUGAACAAGCGUUCAUUCGCUAAACGAGCUUCACCCCGAAAGGACAGGCUUCCGAUGUCGUACGGAACCCCAGUGUUUUGCCACACUUGCCAGACGAACCAGAUGCUCAUAUCCAAUCUCCUUUCCAACUACCUUCCCUCUCCGGACAACACUCCAGGUUGUCCGAACAACUUCCUACCUACCGCGCCUCCCUCGAAGAACGCUAUCCACCAAUCUGCCCUGACUGCCUACCUGCCGUUGAAGAAGAAAUCAGACGACGAGAUCAAAUGGCACGUACCAAUGCUCUCGGCGUGCUUCUAA